AUGGCGUCCCGCAAGAAGGUUCUAUUGAAGGUCAUCAUCCUCGGCGAUAGUGGCGUUGGAAAGACAAGCUUGAUGAACCAAUAUGUCAACAAAAAAUACAGUGCUAGCUACAAAGCUACCAUUGGAGCGGAUUACCUUACCAAGGAAGUUAUGGUAGACGGACGACUGGUUACGAUGCAGAUAUGGGAUACCGCGGGGCAGGAGAGAUUCCAAUCUUUGGGAGUCGCCUUCUACCGAGGUGCGGAUUGCUGCGUUCUGGUAUAUGAUGUCAACAACUCGAAGAGUUUCGAAACUCUGGACAGCUGGAGAGAUGAAUUCCUCAUUCAGGCCAACUUGCGAGACCCCGAAAGCUUCCCAUUCGUUGUGCUAGGGAACAAGAUCGAUGUCGAGGAAAGCAAAAGAAUGAUCUCCUCGAAACGAGCCUCCACAUACUGCCAGUCGAAAGGAAACAUUCCAUACUUCGAGACCAGUGCCAAAGAAGCUAUCAACGUAGAACAAGCGUUUGAAGUUAUCGCCAAGAGCGCACUUAUGCAAGAAGAGUCAGAAGAGUUCAAUGGCGACUUCGAGGAUGUCAUCAAUGUUCAGCAUGACAGUGAUCGAGAUGCGUGCGCCUGUUAA